AAGCAAUGGAGAUUUAAAGGUCCUUUUUUGUUUAACCACCAUAGCAAAAUUCCAAAACUGCCGGCUUGGGAUGGUUAUUCUCCUUACCAUCUCUUUCUCUCUUCAUUUUCCUCCAAUUGUCUCGCUCUCUUUGCUAAUAGUCUAAUACCCAUCAUUAUACACUCAACAAUACGUCAAGGGUGAAGAAGCUACGCUAGUUGGAAGCCAUGGGGUGUGUUCAAACCAAAUCUGGUAUGAAUUCACCACCAGGGCGGUUGGAGAAGCUGAAAAUGGAAAAUGGGUAUGUGGGAAGAGGAGGGAUUAUGCGUCAUAGAAGGUCUACGGGUCAGAGGUAUUCGGAAGGGGAGCCGGGUCGGGUGUAUGUGGCUGAACCGCCUGGCAAGCGGAACGGGUUUGGCAGUGCUGAUGGUGGUGGUGGACAUGGAGGAAGAGGCAAGGUGGUGGGUGGAGAGGGAGAGAAAGGGAAGGGAAAUGGAUUUCUGGAUGGCUGGGAUGAGGUGGUUGAUGGGUGGCCUAAAUGGCUUACAGAUAAUGUCCCUAGAGAGGUUUUAGCUGGUUUGGUUCCGAGGAGUGCAGAGUCUUAUGAUAAAAUUGACAAGGUAGGCCAGGGCACCUACAGCAAUGUAUAUAAAGCUAGAGACAGGGAGACUGGGAAGAUAGUUGCCUUGAAGAAGGUCCGCUUUGACACGUCAGAACCUGAAAGUGUGCAAUUUAUGGCGCGAGAGAUUAUGAUAUUGCAGAAGUUGAACCAUCCCAAUAUAGUAAAGCUUGAAGGAUUGGCCACAUCAAGAAUGCAAUAUAGCAUUUAUCUUGUUUUUGAUUUUAUGCAGUCAGAUCUGGCAAGAAUUAUUUCUCGUCCAGAAGAAAGGCUUACAGAACCACAGAUAAAAUGUUACAUGCUUCAACUGCUUUCAGGUCUGCAGCACUGCCAUGAAAGAGGAAUUUUGCAUCGAGAUAUUAAAGGAUCAAACCUACUAAUUGAUAAAAAUGGGAUGCUCAAGAUUGCAGAUUUUGGGCUUGCAAAUUUUUACUCUCCCAGGAACAGGCAUCCUCUUACUAGCAGAGUUGUGACACUUUGGUAUAGAGCCCCUGAGCUGCUGUUAGGAGCUAAAGAUUAUGGAGUUGGUAUUGAUCUUUGGAGUGCUGGCUGCCUCUUGGCGGAGAUGUUUACAGGGAGACCAAUCAUGCCAGGUAGAAACGAGGUUGAACAACUUCAUAAGAUAUUCAAGUUAUGUGGCACACCAUCUGAGGAAUAUUGGAAAAAGUUAAGGCUGUCUUCAACCUUCCGACCUCCACGAUCGUACAAACCUAGUUUUGUAGAAUCUUUUAGGGAAUUCCCUGAAUCUGCUUUAGGCUUUUUGACCACUCUUCUUGCUCUAGAUCCUGAAUAUCGUGGCUGUGCAUCUUUAGUCCUCCAAAAUGAAUUCUUUUACACAAGUCCACAAGCAUGUGACCUUUCAGAUCUUCCUGUUAUUUAUAACCAGGAUGAUGAAUCAACUCAACCCAACAUAGAAAGAAGGAAGUGGAACUCUAAAAGGAGACAUCUGUCUCGGACAGGUCGUGAGCCCAGUAUAAACGAUGGAGUUACUGCUGGAUUAUCUCAACAGAAUACUGUAUUUCCCGAGGAGGAGCCUGAGAAGACUGCUGAACCCAAUGUGCAAGGCCGAGGGCCUGGUAGCAGUAACAGUAGCUCUUCCUCUGGUUCAAAGCCACUCAACAGAACCGAGAGUUCUCCGCUUUUGCUCUCCCCACUUACUUCUUCCCAACAAAGGGUACUGGUAAGAAACCAAGAUCCUAGUAAGAGCAGUAGGAACAGGCCACCAUUACCAACCUCUCAGACACGAGCUAUAAACUCCAACAAAGAAAAUGGUAACAUGUACAGAUUAAAUCAGGUCAGUCGCACUGCAUCCACGAGAGAAUUCAGAAAAGUGAACCAAAGGAAGCAUUUGGAAGUCUAUGCAGUUGAUACUUAGGCCAGGGAUUUUGAGAUUUUGUGUUCCAGUUGGCUCUGCUGCCUUCUAAAGUUUCAUACUUGUUUUCUUAUCGUAUACAAACUGAUGUAUGCGUAAUUAAAUAGACAUCGAUAGCUGUA